AUGGCCAACCCCAACCAAGACCGCCUGCGCUCGCACUUCGCCGCCCUCGACCCCAGCACUCACGCCUCAGGCUGGGACUCGCUCUGGGCUGAAGGAACAUUCAUCCCCUGGGACCGUGGCUACGCCAAUCCUGCACUCAUAGACCUCCUCGCGAAUCCCAGCAGCCCGCCUACAUCCUCCGAUGCGAACCCCACGCCAGGUGCGCCGAAGCCAAACACAAUCGAUGGUCAGGGUGUACAGCUUCCCGCACCUCUAGAGGGUGGUGUAAGGAGGAAGGCGCUGGUGCCCGGGUGUGGGAAGGGGUAUGAUGUUGCGCUGUUGGCGAGCUGGGGGUAUGACACGUGGGGAUUGGAGGUAUCGAGGCAUGCGGCGGAUGCGGCGAAGGAGUAUCUGAAAGAUGCCGGCGAGGGGGCUUUGGAGGGCGAGUACAAGAUCAAAGAUGCGAAGAUUGGAAAGGGACGGGAAGAAUGCGUGGUUGCGGAUUUCUUCGACGAUGCGUGGCUGAAGGAUGUUGGGGCUGGGGAGUUUGAUGUCAUUUACGAUAAUACGUUUCUAUGUGCCCUCCCUCCGCUGUUGCGACCCAAGUGGGCGGCGCGAAUGGCGCAGCUACUUGCAAGGGAUGGCGUCCUGAUCUGCCUGGAGUUCCCAACCCACAAGCCUGCGUCUUCAGGCGGACCGCCGUGGUCCCUUCCCCCCACCGUACAUCAAGAGCUUCUCAAGCGGCCCGGGGAGGAUAUCUCAUAUGAUGAGGGUGGCGUGGUGGUUGCGACGGAUAGGGCGGAGAGCGAGAAUGCGUUGGUACGAGUCGCGCACUGGACACCGAAGCGGACACACAACAUCGCCGUGAUCAAUGGCGUUGUGCGGGAUUGUGUGAGCGUGUGGCGGCACAAGAAGCAAUCAUAG